AUGUUCGCUGCCAAUCCUGCGGCCGCCGGAAUGAGUCCGAUGAUGCUCAUCGACCAGAACCGUAUCUUGGCCCAACAGCAGCUUCAGCAACAAUUGCAGCAGCAGCAGCUUGUCCAGCAGCAACAGUUGCAACUGGCUGCGCUUGGAAAUCACGUCAUCAUGGGCAGCCCGAUUAUGGCUCAACAAGGACUCGGCACUUCUCUCCCACCAGCUGGCUACCCCGCGCAGAUGUUUCAAGGACACAAGCUUCCAGUCAUACCGAAUAUUCCAACUAUGACUCCGCCGGCGCAGUACAAGAAAUAA